GGCAGCACCCACGUUCAGCUCCUCAUCUCAGUCCCUGUGUUCUCCUCAUUUCUUCCUCGGAUGUUCGGGAUGGCUGGACAGACGGAUGGGGCUUUCAGCGACAGUGGCUUUGACCCCAGUUUCUUUGCUGAAACCUCCAGGAAAGGUAGUGUCGUAUCCAGGGCAAACAGCAUUGGCUCAACGAGUGCCUCUUCAGUACCAAAUACAGAUGAUGAAGAUAGUGACUACAGACAUGAGACAUCCUAUAAGGACUCAUAUAAAGAUAGACGGAGACAAGCGCAUACACAAGCUGAGCAAAAACGCAGGGAUGCCAUUAAGAAAGGAUAUGAUGACCUGCAGUCGAUUGUGCCCACCUGCCAGCAGCAGUCAGAGUUCACAGUUGGAGCUCAAAAGAUCAGCAAGGCUACUAUUCUGCAGAAAACAAUCGACUACAUCCAUUUCCUUCACAAAGAAAAGAAGAAGCAGGAAGAGGAAGUUUCUGUCCUGAGAAAAGAAGUGAUGGCACUUAAGAUCAUGAAAACGAACUAUGAGCACAUCGUGAAGGCCCAUCAGAACAACCCGCAGCAGGGAGAGGAUCAGGUGUCUGACCAGGUCAAGUUCAACAUCUUUCAGAACAUCAUGGACUCGCUCUUUGUGUCUUUCAGCAGCUCGGUUUCUGUCAGCAGCUUUCAGGAGCUGUCUGCCUGCGUUUUCAGCUGGAUUGAAGAGCACUGCAAGCCCCAGACUCUUCGGGAUUUUGUUGUCGGAGUGCUGCGGCAGCUCAAUGGUCAGCUUUAUUGA